GCUAAGCAACUAGCCAACCAUAUCAAAUGAAACUGCUCUGAGGGAGAAGAGGCGCAGUGUCACCUUAUCUGAUUGGUCCAUGAAACACCACUGACAAAUCAGCACCGACAUUGUUAAACUUGGAAAUUGAUGUUUGGUAUUUCGGUUUGAAAAGAUGUCGCUCAAUCGGGGCAUCGGCAGUGUACAGUACCUGAAAAAAAGGAUACCGAAAAACGAAAAGUAUCAACAUGUCAAAACAAGGCUGGACACAGGAUGCAGCCUCACAAAGUAUAUGGAAAGACUGGAGGAGAUUAAAAAAAGUGAAUUACAGGUAUCGAAAAGAUGAAAUCUUCAAGCGGUUAAAAGUGACAACGUUUGCACAAUUGAUACUUCAGGUAGCCUCCGUAUCAGACCUGAAUGAAAGUGAAAUUGACGGAGAAUCACACGGCCCGGAAGACAGCCUGUCAGUGGUGUCUGAUGCAGACCUAGAGUGUCUGUCUGAACACACCAAUGGCUCCCCAAGGCUUCUUUCAGAUCGUCCGGGUACAGGAGACGCCAGGGAAAUCUGCCACUCUGCCAGGUCAACACUGCUAAGUGUUAUUAGUGGUGUGGGAGAGCUGAACGUCGACAGGAACCAUCAGAAGACGGAGAAUGAGUUGGUUUCCAGCCCCGAGGUAGCUGACAGGCCGUACCCCGACUGCCCCUACCUGCUGCUUGACGUACGGGACCGCGACCUAUACGACCUCUGCCACAUCAUCAGCGCACACAGUUUCCCCAUCGCCAUGCUAUCUCGAACGAUGAACCCCUACACCAAAGACGUGCUGGAAUAUAAAAAUACAGCGGGGAAGAUCAUCAUCGUGUAUGAUGAGGACGAGAGAAUAGCCAGCCAGGCAGCCACCGUCAUGUGUGAACGAGGAUUUGAGAAUCUGUUUCUCCUGUCUGGAGGUCUCAAGGUAAUCGCUCAGAGAUUUCCAGAAGGGCUGACGACGGGCUGCAUCCCGACCUCGUGCCUGUCUUCUCCCACACCUAAGGGGAAGAAGAGCUCCGUGCCGCAGCAGCAGCCGUCACAAGUAGCAGAGAAGAGGUGGCGGUUCACAUCAGACGAGCUGGCCAAGAUCCAGGAGCAGCUGGAGGAGAUGCUCAUCCCCAGUAACUCCAACAGCCGCAUGUCCAGCCGCAUGUCGUCCAGCAGCUCCCAGUCUCAAGCGUCCAGCGCUCGGAGUCGACACGGUUCCUCUACAGCUGGGAGGGACAGCGCCAGGGCUCAGAGCAGUAGACCCUGGAAAUAACACCACCCCCCCCUUCAACCACACAGAUAUACCCAAACAAACAUACCUCCAACACAAACCUAUUUAUUUCACGUUGCAUUACCCCUCUCCACAACAGUAAGGAACACAAUUUGUUUGUCCCAGUGUGCAAAUUAAUCCUCUUAAGAUACAGUCACAGGUGGACAGGAAACACAUCACCUACUAUAUUACAGCAAAUUGGAGACAUAUACAUGUGUGUUUUAAUCCAUACAUUACAUGUUUGUAACACUCUUCCUCCAAACAGAUGCUGAAUAUGGAAUUUUGGAAAUCACACACACCUUGGGAAAGUUACUGCACAACACCAAUUACACACAGUUGUUUUAACUGUAUGAAAUAAAAAUAAAAAAGUAAAAUCUGCAGGAACAGAGACAUUUCAUUUCAGACUCCUCAGUAACCAGUGUAAUACUGAAUUCUUCAACUUCACCUCUAGAGAUUUAUGUCUGACUAAAGUAUUUUCCCCUCAAUGUUCUUUUUAAUUUUCCUCAUGAUAUUUAAUAAAUGGUAUAUAUUUGAAUGUAUGCACAGUGCCUCAUCUGUGACCUUGAAAGCUGAUUUUUUUGCACUCAUUUAUUUUUAAUGUAAUACUGUUCCCAUCUAUGUUUUUUUUCCACAACUUUUUGAACCUGUACAGAUAAUCACUUCAUUUUGUUGAUAAUGUGUUCUUUUGUUUUUUCAUUAUGUCCAGAAAGGUCACGUUUAGCUGCAGCCACCAAAUAAAUGGCAUUCUUAAAAGACAUAUGUGCUGGAGGCAGAAUAACUGAAUGUUGAUAUGAUGUGAUGGAUAUGCUGGGAAUCUAUGUUUUACAUGAGAUGUAGUUUAUAGUUAUAAUGUACAGUGACUGAGCUUGAUCCAUUUUGUAAAAUUAAGUAAAGCCGUGCUGUAUUUUUGUAAUUUUCUCCACAUAGUGGACAUGAUGUCUUAUUGUGAUUCCUUAAGUGACGAUACAGAUAAUGGUUAUUGUGACUUUGUGUGUGUGUGUGUGUGUGCAGUACUGUAAAUUGUGAUCACACUAACCGAUCGGCCUUCACUCAGAUAGUCAUUAUCACAAAAUUGCCAUGUCACUAAAGGAAGGAAACAAGCAUUUUGUCAUGGCUGUAACAGAAAACACUUCAGUACCCGCAGAUGCAUCUGAAAAACAGUAUUGAUCAUUUGUUGGCAUGGUGGUGACUUAUUCCAUGGUUCUUGGUCAAUUUUCUUCGUUGUUGCAGCCCUUUUUGUGAUUUCUUAAUUGUCUUAACUCACCUUCAUAAUCUGAUCACAUUCAUUUGUUUGUAAAUGAAAGUCAAAUAAAGUGUAAAAAUGUC